AUGGCCAGCACCGCUCAAGCUCAGUCCAUAGCCGCGGCCCAGUCCGUCGCUAUCACCGCGGCGCGCAACCACAGUCCCGCCGCUCACGCGCCCCUGCAGAAGCUGACCACUGCACACGGUCACUUCCUCCUUCCCCCUCCUUCGGCCAACCUCCCGGCCCCUUCCGUCCUCCUCCGCGGCGUCAAUCUCACCUCUUCAUCCAAGUACCCGCCAUUCGCGCCGUCUACCCCUUCUGCUACGGGCACGCGGGAAGAGCGCGAUCGGGCGAGGUUGGAGGAAGCCGGGUGGAGGACUGAUAUUCCAGCGGAUAGUGGAUGGUGGGAGGAGGCGGAGCAGGGCGGGCGAGACGGCUGGUUUGUCGGCAGGCCAUUGAAGGAGGAAGAGGCAGAUGUGCAUUUCAAGCGAUUGACGGCGUGGGGGUUUACGACGAUCCGAUGGGUCAUCCCUUGGGAGGCGUUGGAGCAUGCGGGACCAGGAAAGUAUGACGAGCAGUACAUCGACUACACGAUCCGCCUGAUGCGGAAAGCCAAGUCCCACGGGAUCAGGAUAUUCAUCUCUGCACACCAAGACGUCUUCUCACGCUUCACAGGCGGGUCCGGUGCGCCAUACUGGGUACUCUUAGCAUGCGGUAUCAGUCCGAGACGGGUACAUCAGACGGGAGCGGCUGUACUGCAGAGCCAAUACAAGACCGAGGGUACGGUGAUUUGGAACGCCAAUACCGGACGCCUUGCCGCCAGACACUGCUUCACCAUGUUUUGGGCGAGCAGUACGUUUGCGCCGAAAUGUCAGAUAGACGGCGAGCCUGUUGGUGACUGGCUUCAGAAGCGCUUUGUUGGCGCAUACGAGCAUCUGGCCAAGCGGAUACAAGAAGCUGGCGAUCUGUUUGACGACAGCAUGAUUGGAUGGGACUCGAUCAACGAGCCCAACGAGGGAUUCAUCGAGAUCCCGGACCUCAACGUUAUUCCGGAAGCGCAGGCGUUCAGAAAAGGACCCUCCCCCACACCCCUUCAGGGGUUCCAGCUCGGUAUAGGCCAGUCCGUGUCCAACAUUGAGAAUGCCGACUUUGGCUCGCUAGGCCUGAAGAAGAAGGGCACCGUCACCAUCACGCCGCCUGGCGGGCAGGGGUUAUGGUUGACCAAGGCCGAGUCGGACGAGGCGGCGCAAAAGUGGGGCUGGAAGAGAGGGGCAGAGUGGUCUUUCUGGGACGAAGGGAAGGGGGGUUGCGUCUGGGCUGGGCAUGGAUUGUGGGACCCGGCUUCCGGUAAAGUCUUGCAGAAGGACUACUUUGUCAACAAGCCCGGCGGGGGCGAAUACGAGUUCAUUGACCAAUUUUGGAAACCUGCAUACAUCGAGUACAUCCGCGCAAUCAAGCAGCAUCAGCCUGAAGCCAUCGCUCUGAUCAACCCGCCUAUCUUUGCUCGGCCGCCCAAUCUGACUCAAGAGCACAUUGGCGACCGAGCAGCUUUGAGCUCGCACUACUAUGACGGGCUCACCAUGAUGGGCAAACGGAGACAUCUCUUCAAUGCCGACGCGGUCGGCAUUCAGCGCGGACUCAAGAGCAUGCUUGGAGCUAUCACUUUCGGCGAUAGCAGUAUCCGAGCCAACUUCAAGAAACAACUGAAUGAGCUUUCGAGCGAUGCGGCCGAUACGGACGGAAUGGCAGGCAAGAAUGCAUCUCAGGAAUGGCCGACUAUCAUUGGCGAGAUCGGGACGCCGUGGGAUAUGAAGAAGCACAAUGGAUUGUUGGGAUUGACGAAGGGCAAGUUGAAGCGGGAAGAUUAUGAUGAGCCGGCCAAGGCCAUGGAUCAACUGCUUGGCGCUGGAGAUGGCGCGAAUGCCCUAUCCUACACGCUGUGGACGUACGAACCCCUCAACACCCACGAGUAUGGGGACGGUUGGAACGGCGAAGACCUCUCCCUCUUUAGCUUUGCAGACCUAGCCGGCGACGACGACCUCCCAGCUAUGGACCCGCAGGACCUCUCGUCCCUCAUCAUGCUUGGUGCGCGAGGCGUGCAGUCCUGGUGUCGCCCAUACCCGCUCGAAACGACCGGUGAAAUCACCAAAUUCGCCUUCAACAUGUCGAGCGGGAAACUGGAGCUGAGUCUUCGGCUCCCUGCUUUGUCUCAGGACCCGCUCGUCGGUAGCUCGGCAUCCGUACUUUCCGCUGGCGAGAACAUGGGGUACACCAAAAUCUACAUCCCCUACGUCCACUACCUGGCUACCAACCCACCUGCAGCUCUCGAGGCAGGGAUCGUCGCCAAGCGGAUCCUCGGCGAACCGGACAGCGAAGGGAGCGAGUGGGUCAAGGGUCGCGGACCGGCGGUGGUUGACCUGGAAGUGGCCGAGCUGAGCGAGGGAAGUUUGACGGUGGAAGGACAAUGGGGAAUGUGGCGGUACCCCUUACAACAGGAUAAGGAGAGGGAGAUCAAGCUGGUCAUCAAGCCGUGGAAGAGGGUGUAG